AUGCCGGGCCUGUUCUCUCGCCUCAAGGGGAGAGACGGCAAGCUCAAGAAGAAGGGCCGCGACCAACUCGAGGAAGAGCAGCCGCAGAAGCCACAAUGGACGGAUGCGUGGGCGCGGACAACGGUCGAGCCCGAGGAGGUACACGAGCUGAUCCGGUACUGCACUGAGGAACUCAAGGCCCGAGGUCUUGAUCUCCCCUUCCUCCUGCUACCCUAUCGCCCGGCAUCCGAUCCCAGCGCCGUGCGCAACUUCGUGCGACACUUCUUCGACAAGGAAAAUGGCACUGUGCGACUUCGCGGCGAGGCAUUGGCCCAAGAGCUGCGCAUGACAGAGCCAAUGGUCAUCUCUGGCGUCAUCAAAUGGUGCUGGAGCAGACUCCAAGGCGGCGUUGUCGGUUGGGACUCGUACGAGCUGUUCCAGAUGGGCGAGAAAGACUCGAACAUGGCCAGAGACUCAUUCAAGACCUUUAUCCCCCUCAGCGUUGACAACGAACUCCGGUCCAAGAUCAUUUUUGACUUCUUCGACCUGCUUUCUGCCAUCGCCGCGCAUAGCAAGAACAAUGGCCAUGGUGGGCGCAAGCUGUCGCGUAUGGCGGCAUGGUGGGCGUUUGAACACCGUGAUACCGGCAACGGCUUUGAGGGCGGCUACAAGGCGUGGUUGACCGCGGCCGAUGCCACGAGCCAUCUAUUUUUCGCCUACCUUCGCUCCCUGUCCCCCGAGCCGGUCCCUGGUGCCAUAUCGCUUUUGCCCAUGUCGCUCCAGAAGCUCCUGCAGGAAACUGAAUACCCGCCCCAGAGGCCGGCGCUGCUCCAGACUUCGACAUACAGAGUCGCCAUGAUCGUGGAAAAUGUCUCCCCAACUCCGUUUGCCCUGCUACGCCGCGCUAAACACUUCCAGUAUCGGGACUCGGACCAGGCCCUUAAGGAUUGGUCGGAAUACGAGGAUCCCGUGCAGGCCCUGACCGAGGAGUGUCGUAGAGUUCUUAAAGCAAUAUCUGCUGCCAACCAGUCUCACGGUGCCUCGAGUGUCAAGCAGUCCACCAGCGUGCCUGAUGCUUCGUGGUCGAGGUUUGAGGAUCUCGGCUUCGCAAGCACGCUGGAGGAGGAUUCGUCGGAGGAAAACUCGAUCAUCAAUGUUCCCAAGAUUCGCCCAAGCUUGCGCAGCACCCCUGCUUCUGGAGCCAACGAUCUAGGACGCCCUACGACCCCGUCAUGGGCUGAUUUCCUGUCGUCCGGUUUCCAGGUCGAUGAUCGCCUUUCCCCGAACCACCUACUGCCGCCCGACAAGAUUCUGCCGCCGAUCGACACCAGCAUUCGUCAGCGCAGUUCGCAGUCUCAUAAGCCGAGAUUGGAGAGUGACCGUGAUCUCGAGCCUGGUGAGCUGGCUAGCAUCACCAAGUUCGACCUGGAUGAUGCCUUCUGGUGGGUGUGGAUGAGCAGUCUGGCGCCCGAGGAAACCCCUGAGAGGAAGUCUGCCUUUGGGCGCUGUGCCGUUGUGGAGACGGACAUCAAGUCUGGCCGGUGGUUGGUGUUUGAGGAGAUUGUGAGGGGCGCUGCUCCCGAACCUGAAGAAGGUGCCUACAUUGCUGAGAAGAAAGGCUUCUUCAGCUGGACUCGCCGCGGAAAGGGUAUUGGUAGGAGGAAAUCUACCGCCGGAAAGCACAGCUUGGAGCAGCGGAGCGAUAGCAAUGGCUUGAAGCCCAGCGGCACCAUAAGUUUCAGCAAGACCAGCAUCGGCCCUGACCAGCAGGCAAAGAUCCAGGCGGCUGCUCAGCAGCUCCAACAGAAGCAGCAGAAGGCCGAGCAGUCGCCGCCAGAGCGCCGCGGCAGGAAAGAGACGGUAGAUUGGCUGAACGAGAAGACUCAGAGUGUUCUGACUCUGCAGUCUACAAUCCUCAGUGAGGCUUCUCCCGCAGUGAAGUGGGCCAAACAGUAUGACCGGGAGGCUCUCCGGGAGGCCUAUCUCAACGAUCCAAAUGCCGGUCGUGGUAAGGGUUCCUCGACGCCGGCGACCACGAAUGGUCACAACACCGAUGCCGAGGACAGCCGCCCCAAGCUCCCUCCAAAGGAGUCGACUACCGACACGCCUGCCCCUAAGACGCCGACGCUCGAGCAGAAGGAGCCUGAGGCGCCGCCCAAAGACACCAACCAUCUCGCUCCCCCCGCGCCGGCCUCGGGUCGUGAGAGCCCCAUGCCCCCUCCCAAGGAUGGCCGGAGCUUUGAGCUCGCCCGGGAGAGCAUGGUGUCUCCUGAGCCUACCAGCCCUGAGGCUCGGAAGCAUAAGAAGCUGCACAAGGAUAUGGUCAAGGCCGCUGGUGGCAAUGGCCUGAAGAAGCUCUUCAGCCGCGCCCACAAGAAUAGGAAUUCCAAGUUGCCCGAGAAUGCUGCCCAGCAGGUCAACGCCAUGAUUGCCGAGGAGACUGCCCGUUCGCAGUCCCCUCUGCCGCCCCCGAAGGCUGAGGAGCCCAAGCCUGCUCCCGAGGUUGAGGAGAAGCCCAACCCUGCCGCUCCGGCUACUCCUGUUACUGCCUCUGCCCCGGCUCCUGCCCCGGUUCCUGCCCCGGCGCCCGUUUCCCUUGCUCCCCAGGAGGCCCAGGCCCCUGAGCCUGCCCCAGCGACUCCCAUCCACGAAGUGUCCCCCGUCACGACGAACGAAACUGUUCCCAAGGACGAGUUCCACCGCUUCGACCAGGGUCCUCUCCGCGACAUGCCCGCCUUUGUCCCCCAAGACGACGUUAGUGACGGCGACACCGACGAGGCCGUGCCUCCACCCAUCGCCCGCCAUCCCCCUCCUUCCCGCUCUCCUAUCCCCGCUUCUUCCUCCCCCGCGACCGCCGCUUCCCCUGUGUCACCAAAGCCUCAACCGCAGCAGGAGAAGAAGCAAAUCGCUUCGCCUGCGCCUGCGGUCAGCCGUACAACAACCGAGGCCCAGGACCGCUGGGCCCAGAUCCGCAAGAAUGCCGCUGAGCGCGCUGCCCAGAGACAGCAGAACGCUGCUACUGCGGGUGCGGCCACCCUGCGCCCUCCGGCGUUCUCCAGGGUCACCGAUACGACGGAUAGCAGUGAUGGUAGCAUUGAGGAGACUAUCGAGUCCCGCGUUGCCCGCAUCAAGGCUCGCGUUGCCGAGCUGACGGCCAACGCUGAGAUGAACUCGACCAGCCGUGUGCCGCCGCCUCGUCCGCUCCGUCGUUAG